AUGAACCUGUUAGGAUAUUUACCAGUAAUUGUUUUCUCGACACUAUUAGAAUUUGUUGAAUGUGGACGCGAUUUCUACAAAAUUCUUGGAGUUCCUCGUAAUGCAAACGCCAAUCAGAUCAAAAAGGCCUAUAGGGCGCUGGCAAAGGAGUUGCAUCCAGACAAACAUGCAGACGAUGAGCUAGCUCACGAGAAGUUUCAGGAUCUUGGAGCUGCUUACGAGGUACUGUCGGACAAAGAGAAACGAGCUGCUUACGACAGACAUGGCGAAGAAGGAGUGAAAAAGAUGAUGGGCGGUGGAGGUGGGCACGAUCCCUUCUCUUCAUUUUUUGGCGACUUCUUCGGAGGUGGUCACGAAAACGGAGACGAAGAAAAGCCAAGGGGAGCGGACGUAGUUUUUGACUUGUUCGUCUCUUUGGAAGAAGUUUACGUUGGUCACUUUGUGGAAGUCAAACGCAAGAAGGCCGUUUAUAAGCAAACAUCAGGAACAAGGAAGUGUAAUUGCAGACACGAAAUGCGAACCGAACAAAUCGGUAUGGGACGAUUUCAAAUGUACCAAGUUCAAGUAUGUGACGAGUGUCCGAAUGUUGUCCUUGCCCAGGAAACAAGAACAUUGGAGAUUGAAGUGGAGGUUGGAGCACAUGACGGCCACGAACAAGUUUUUAUAGGCGAAGGUGAACCUCAUAUCGAAGGAGAACCUGGCGAUUUAAAGAUCAGAAUCAAUGUUGAGAAACACCCCAGGUUUGAGCGGAAGGGUGAUGACUUAUACACAAAUGUAACGAUUUCACUUCAAGAUGCGUUGAAUGGUUUCAAAAUGGAGAUAGAACAUCUUGAUGGGCAUAAGGUCACCGUGGAACGGGAGAAGGUAACCUGGCCAGGUGCACGAUUGCGGAAGAAAGACGAAGGAAUGCCCAAUCUGACCAAUAACAAUCAACGUGGCGUGCUUUAUGUCACAUUUGAUGUUGAAUUUCCUCGUACUGAGUUGACCGAAGAGCAGAAGAAGCUCGUCUCUGAUCUGUUGAAGCAGUCAGAUGUGAAACCCAAGGCCUAUAACGGUCUUCAAGGUUAUUAG